GGUCCAAAGAAGGGGGAGUGUCCCUGACGACGACUUCUCCUUUCUAGGAAGUUAUUUCGGCCCAGUAUCUAGUACUGACGUGUUAGCAUUCAGCAAACAGUGGACACCAAAAUAACCUACAAGCAUCCCCGGUGGAACCAAGUUUCAAAAAGUCGUAAAUACGCGUGGAAAAAGAAGCUGUCAAAAUCUUCCCUGCUUUUGAUAUCAUUGCCUCAUAAACAGUACUGGGUUACCGUUGGAGGCAUUUUGGAUUUCAACCUUGUGUGUUCGGUGGUGAACUUGUGGAUUGUAACGCUGUCUGGGAGCAGAAUUGUACAACAUGACAUCCACGGGGGACGAACAACCUGAUGUCAAGCAAAACCCUUUGGAUAAGAGGACAGGAACUCUGGGUCUUCAGAAGUACACGUUAGAGGAGGUGAAGAUCAAAGAUGUAGCGCUGAGACUGGUGGCCGUUCAUCAGAUGGAGAUGCGGGAAGCUCACCUUGUGCUGACGGGACAGCGGAUAUGGCCGGCUGCUAAGGUCCUGGCGUUGUAUCUCGUGGAGAACCCUGACAUCCUGCAGUCUGCGGGGUCCGUGCUGGAGCUCGGGGCGGGCCCGGGGCUGCCCGGACUGGUGGCGGCAAAACUCGCGCCCCAGCCCGACCGGGUGGUGCUCACAGACAACAAGGACCUGGUGCUCGACCUGCUGGACAAAAACAUCGUCAAGAACUUCGACAACGGAGACCCGAUGGCAGACAAACCGCGCUGUUGCCAUCUAGAGUGGGGAAAGGGCGUGACCGACUUCCGGGACCAAUAUGGUGGUUUUGACGUCAUCCUAGCCUCUGACGUCAUCUACCACCGGCCGGACAUUCCGCUUCUACUUCAAACGGCCAGAGAUCUACUCAACGACAAGCCGUCUUCCGUGCUGCUGCUGAGCUACAACGACCGCGCCAAGAUCUUCCAGCAGACGGUGAAGGAGACCGCGCAGGAGUGCGGGCUCGAGUGGACGGACAUUCCAUUCCGAGAGCUCCUGCCCAACUUCUCUCAGCUCGUACAUCCGGACGAAGUCCGACACUUACACCUCAUGGUGUUCAUGAAGGGUGUGAGCUAGUGAACACGGUUGUGUGCUCCUUUUUUAAUUUCGUAAAUCGUUUCGAAAGGUCACAAAAUCGUCAUUUUAUGGACGGCAUACACAAGUAAGUGUUAAUUGGGAACAUUUUGUUGACACGUAAUUGCUAAAUGUAAAUAACGUUGGACCAGAGAUUUGUGGUGAAAUAUUUGUCUGCUUUAGCUUGUGCGCCAUGUUUGUAAAUUGUUUUUUUUUUAAACAAUGCAAGGUUGGUUAUUACCAUUCAAAUUUUAAUGCACUGCCAUUCUAAUGUCGAUAUUUGUAAGUACCUAAGUUAUAAGGGCUAAGAAAACUACUGAAGUGGGCUACAAUUACUUUCUGUUCAAUAAAAGUGAGCCGUACACUCA